UUUCUGGGCUCUUCAACCAAAAAAUAAAAUCUUAGAAGAACAGAGAUAGGGAGAGUUUAAAAUAGGAUCCGGAUAAACCGUAACAUUUGUGCUGUGUUUUUGAUCCGUUACUUUCCUUUUAUCUUUUUCUUGUUUUAACUUUGUAAUCCAUUCUCUAAUCUUUGCUCAACUGGGUCUGGUCCCUGCCUCAGAGACACACACAGAGGAAUCCAAGUUCCUGUCUCAAGGAACAAAGAUUCCUCAUUCAUGCACUCCACUUUCCUCAAAGGUGUCCCCUAAAGGUGGAGAUGAGUUAUGAUGAUUCAGUGACAAUUCCGUGUCAUAUCUAUCUCACCAAAUAGUACCCCUUAAAUGACAACCUACUCUCUCGUCUGGAAUGCCUUUGACGUUGGAUUUAGAGGUAUGUUUCUUCAUUCACAGUUUAAUCAAUUCCACUCAUAUAUAAAAUGGGACCCUGCCGUUUUAUUUUCCUGUUCUUAUUUCAUGAAAAUGUAAGCUUACGUGUUCUUGCCAAGUCUGGCACAGAGUUAAAAAUAUUUUUGGCCUUCCUUUUUGGUGUGUGAAUUUGACCAAGCCUUUUUUUAGUUCUUAUGAAGAAGAUUGUAAUUCUGAUAUUUGAGUUGUGCAGUCCAUAUUUUCUUAACUUUAUGUUGGGUUUUUAUUUUAUUUGUGCAUGUUUGGUUCCUAAUCGUUGUAUUUAAUUAUGAGGAGCCAUUAUCUUUACUUCUUUUGGUCUAUCAAAUCCUUCAGGUUUGUUCUAAGCAAAUGUUGUUUUCUGCAAACUUGAUUUCAAGUAAUGCAAUAAUUUAUUGAGUUGUAAAACCUGGCAUAUGGGCUUGGAGAAAACAUUUCUGCAGGAAUAUGUAACUUAUACAUGUGAAGGUAGAAGUAUAUUUCCAGAAGAUUAUGCAUGAAUUUUGCUGUAAUUCAAAGUACCAUACCAAAGAACAACAGUCAUAAUCUUCUCAGGUCUUCUCUUUUCCUGAAAUUAUUUCUAGACUUCAUACCUGCUCUUUUAUUCGGAUUGACUUCCUGUAUGAAGUAAAGAGUAUAAUUAAGUUGGUUCCAGAGGGUUGUCAUAAUCAUGGGUGCCUGUGUCUCAACACACAGUAGGAGAAGUAGAGUUCACAAAAGACAGUUUUAUGCAGCCGGAAAGUGCAGAAGUAAGAUCUCCACUUCCCUUGCUGAUGCACCUAUUAAGAGGAUGAAUGACGCUGGAAAUCGGGUAAGAGAUUACGCUGUCAGCGAAUACGUUCACCUUGACUUCGAGAAGGGUGCUGCAACCACCUGUAAGAGAUCAGAGAUGUCUAAUAUGACAUUUCAUCUCACUCAGCUGCAAUGGAACCACAGUCAAAUUGAUGGAAAUGGAAUAUGUCAGGAGGAAGCAUGGUUUGACUCUGUUAGUUACAUUGAUUCUGAAUCAGACGAAGAUUAUCGUAGUGUACUUGGGGAUGGAUUUUCUUCAGUAGGUAAUGCAAUUGGACAUAUUUCAAAUGCUCAAUUGCUUCAGUAUGAAAGUGCAUCAUGUUUCGUAGACUCUGGGUGCAAGUAUGAGGGGUACUACGAGAGUUACCUGAAAAUAGAUGGAGGUAAAACUGAGAAGUACUUGAGUACAGAUGAAGUCUGUUCUUCGACAAAGAAAGUAUUGGAUGCUCCUUGUGCUAGCUUUAAAGGAGUCAAAGACGUCACAUAUGAUUCAGGAGAAAAAACUCAAGAAAACAGGAAGAAAUCAACAGUCAUCAUGCUUUCUUUAAAAAGAAAAUCCAUUGAUGGAGGUGCAGCUGAGAGAAUCCUAUAUCGUCCCAGAGCAGGACAUUUGAUUCCACGUUCUAAAGGAGAGAAGUUAGCUCCAGGAUGCUGGUCUGAGCUUUGCCCUUCAGUUUUUAAGCUGCGUGGGGAAAAUUAUUUCAGAGAUAAGCAGAAGUAUCCUGCUUCAGAUUGCAGCGCUUACUUACCAAUUGGUGUUGAUUUAUUUGUCUGUCAACAAAAGAUCAAUCACAUUGCUCAGCACCUUGAACUUCCCCAUGUGAAACCUCACGACAAAUUACCCGCACUCCUGAUUGUUAACAUACAGCUACCAACUUACCCUGCUUCUGUAUUCCAAACUGAAUAUGAUGGGGAAGGCAUGAGUCUUGUAUUAUAUUUUAAGGUAUCAGAGAAUUUUGACAAAGAGAUCUCUGCUCGUUUUCAGGAUAGCAUCAAGAGAUUUGUCGAUGAUGAGAUGGAAAAGGUUAAAGGAUUUGCAAAGGAGUCUACAGUUCCUUUCAGAGAAAGACUAAAAAUUAUGGCUGGAUUAGUAAAUCCAGAGGACCUACAAUUAAGUUCUGGUGAAAGGAAGCUUAUACAAGCUUAUAAUGAUAAGCCAGUGCUUUCACGCCCACAACAUGAUUUCUACAGGGGUGCCAAUUACUUUGAGAUCGACCUUGACAUACACCGGUUCAGCUACAUUUCUAGGAAAGGACUUGAAUCAUUCCGGGACCGGCUAGAGCACGGUAUACUUGAUCUGGGUUUAACUAUCCAGGCACAAAAGCCCGAGGAACUGCCAGAGCAAGUACUGUGCUGUGUUCGGUUGAGUAAGAUUGAUUUUGUGAACCAUGGCCAAAUUCCUACAAUUGUAGGAUGAUUACAGGUUUGCCAACAACUUCUGGCAAAAGAGAGAGAUGCCAUGCCAUGUAAACUUAUAGAACAGAGUCCCGAGAAAA